CUCUCAUCAACCCUCUUCCAAAAUAUAAAGCUUUCAAGAUGUCAGGAUCUGGUGUACGAGAAGCAGUUUUUCCUACUCGAAUGAAUUUAAACUUGAUAAAACAAAGACUUAAAGGAGCACAAACAGGACAUUCACUAUUGAAGAAGAAAGUAGAUGCACUUACGAAACGAUUUAGAACGAUUACACAAAAAAUUGAUCAUACUAAAAGAGAAAUGGGUAGAGUGAUGCAAUUAGCUGCCUUUAGUUUAGCAGAAGUUAAUUAUUCCAGUGGAAAUGAUAUUAGUUAUCAAGUUCAAGAGAGUGUAAAAGAAGCUAGUUUUAAGGUUUCUACCAAACAAGAAAAUGUAUCUGGUGUCAUCCUCCCUACAUUCGAGGUUGAUCGAACUAAAGGAUCAGUUGCGAGUGAAUUCAACUUGACGGGGUUGGGUCGUGGUGGUCAACAAGUCACGAAAGCUCGAGAGAUCUUCGCUAAGGCCACAGAGACGCUCGUAGAAUUAGCAUCACUACAGACCGCUUUCGUGAUAUUGGACGAGGUGAUUCGGAUGACAAACCGCAGAGUUAACGCCCUUGAACACGUGGUUAUUCCCAAGCUAGAGAACACCGUAAAAUAUAUUAAUUCGGAACUAGAUGAAGCUGAUCGUGAAGAUUUCUUCAGAUUAAAGAAAGUACAAGCUAAAAAGAAAGAAAGAACAGCAAUUGCUGAAGCAGAGAAUCGUAAACGUAAUCAAGACCUUGGAGUUGAUUCAGGAGAUGGAAAUGAUACGAUGAACUUAUUAAAUGAUAAAGAUGAAGAUGUGAUCUUUUGAGGAUCUAUUCAUUUAUGGUUUAUUUUAAUUGAAACUUGCUUUUUCUUCUUAUCAGAACAUUUCUUAGUUUUUUUGUUUUGUUUUGUUUUGUUUUGUUUGUAGAUUGAUUUGAUAGUUUUAAAGUUACUAUUGUAU